GUCAAAUUAUUGGUUGUUAAAAUGUGAAGAAAAUCGGUAUAGAUCGAACCAGUAUGAUAAUGCAUUAUCAGGAAUGAGGAUCAUCUUCAGAUUUACUUUGUGAAAAUCUAGGAGAUUAUUUAAUCGUGUUUAUUUAUCAUAAAUCUUGUGGUCAAUUUUUGUGAGAUGUUAUUUGUGUUAAAUUUUAAAUAAAAUAUUUAAAAUAAUUUAUGAUUGCAUGAUAUACGAUAAAUAUAUACAAUUAAAGAGUCACCGGAAUCCUAAAAUAGAGGACCUAUCCUAUCCUCAUUCCAUUAUCAGAAUUACUUUAUGCAAAUGGGAUUCAAGAUUUCCUCCACUAUCUUAUUUGCGAGUCUUAUCGUGAGCCUGUAGUUCAGAAAAGAAAAAAAAUCAACAUCAGGGACCCAUUCAGUCAGAAAAAGUUUUAGGAGUUGCGUGAUUAAAUUUGAGACGGCUGCUCUAGCUUAUGUAAAAAGUUCGUCUUCGGUUCGGAUUUUUUUUUAAUAUUUUUUUAAGGAUAAUACCAAAUGAACAAAGUUGCUUAAAAAAUACAGGAGUUUCUGCUCUCACUCAAUAACGAGAAAUUUUUUAAUGAGAACGAAAUACGGGAUAGUACACCACGUAUCACUAUAAAAAUAGUGGGAUAUAUAUAUUAAAAAGUUAAUAAUUAAAAAAACACAAUUUUCCAUCACUUAUAUAAAAAUACGUGAUGUACCAUUUGUAUUCCGAUUACAAUGAAAAUUUUCUCACCAAUAAUAGCUUAACUAGUAUCCGAGUUGUUUGUUCAAGCUCUUAAUUUUCAAUGAUUUUGGACACUCAUCAAGUUGUUAUUGGAUGAGAGCUCCUGCUUGUUUUUUUAUGUAACCAAGCUUUAUUAAUACCAAAUUCAUAUGCUAUGCAAACAAAAAACAAUCUCGAUUCAAAAAUGGAGCAAAGCAAAGGCAGGAGACUGAUCCUUUGCCCACUGCCAUUGCAAGGGCAUAUAAACCCUAUGCUGGAACUGGCCAACAUUCUCCAUUCCAAAGGCUUCUCCGUAGCCAUCAUCCACACCAACUUCAACUCCCUCAAUCCUUCAACCCGAAACCCACACUUCAGCUACCAUUCAACCCCUGUUGACUUGACAGAAACCGAGGCCUCCAUCAAGGAUCUUACCGUUGUUCUUUCUAUUCUAAAUGCUAAAUGUGUUGAGCCUUUCAGAGAAUGUUUGGCCGGGUUGUUAUCCGAUGGCGUUCAUUCGGGGAACCCCAUUGCAUCCUUGAUCUCCGACCCUUUCUUUGACUUCACUCGAUCGGUUGCGGAGAGCUUUGAACUGCCGACGAUCAUGUUAAAGACUGGGGGUGCCGCUUCCUUGGCUGUUUAUGCUGCAUUUCCACUACUCAAGGAAAAGGGUUACCUACCAAUAUCAGGCUCACAGCCUCACAAGCUAAGCAAGACAGUCGUUCUUAGAAAUUCAAAUGGAGCAGAGCAAAGCCCGGAGAGUGAUACUCUCCCACUGCCAUUCCAAGUGCACAUAUACCCUAUGCUAGAACUGGCCAACAUUCUACACACCAAAGGCUUCUCUAUAACCAUUAUCCACACCCGCUUCAACUCUCUCAACCCUUCAACCCUAAACCUACACUUCACCAACCAUACAAUCCCUGUCGACCUGUCCAAAACCGAGGCCUCCACAAAGAAUUUCCCACUUCUUCGUUCUACCCUAAAUGCUAAAUGUGUCGAACCUUUCAGAGAAUGCUUGGCCGUGUUGUUAUCCGAUGAUGUUACUUCGGAGGAGCCUGUCGCUUGCUUGAUCUCCGACACUUUCUUUGAUUUCACUCGAUCGGUUGCCGAUAUCUUUAAGCUUCCGAGGAUCAUGUUUAAGGACCGGGGGUGCCACUUCCUUCGCUGUUUAUGCGGCAUUUCCACCGCUCAAGGAAAAGGGUUACGUACCAAUACCAGGGUCCAUCCCACAAGUGUUGCCCUAUAACCUCUUCUUCUUCAAGUAGUUUAUUAGCACAAGACCAAAGUUGCAUUUCAUGGCUAAACACUCAAGCGCCAAAAUCCGUUGCCUAUGUUAGCUUUGGGAGCGUUGCCAAGAUAGAUCAAGCUCAAUUUUUGGAGAUUGCUUGGGGUUCGGCCAAUAGUGGCCAACCCUUUUUGUGGGUGGUUCGACCCUGAUUAGUUCAAGAGUCGAACUGGGUUGCAACGUUACCUGAUGGGUUUCUAGAAGCAUUGAACAAGAGGGUAAAUGUUGUGAAAUGGGCUCCACAAAGAGAAGUAUUGGCCCACCCAGCAGUUGGAGCCUUUUGGAGUCACUGUGAUUGGAAUUCUACGUUAGAGAGUAUUUGUGAAGGAGUGCCUAUGAUUUGUAUGCCAUGUUUCAGUGAUCAAAUGGUUAAUGCAAGAUAUGUGAGCGAUGUUUGGAGGGUAGGGUUGCAGUUGGAGCAUGGGAUUGAGAGAGGUGAGGUUGAAAGAACAAUUAGAAGACUAAUGGUGGAGGAAGAAGGGGAAGAGAUCCAAGACAGAGCUUUAAAGUUGAUGGAGGAGGCAAAUCUUUGCCUCAAAGAAGAUGGCUCUUCAUACCAAUCUUUAGUUGGCUUGGUUCAACAAGUUUUUUUACAUUUUUUAAUAAAGUUGAUUGAUUGAACGUGGAAAGAGACGUAUGGCAGCCAAUUGUGUUAAAGAUAUCAUAAAUUUAAAAUUGCUCCAAACUUGUAAUA